AUGGCAGUUGAUAAAUAUUAUGGUGGAACAACUCUUCCACAAAUCUUUCCUGAAUUACCUAAACCCAUAUCUCCUGAUGACACAGACUCCAGUUUAAUUGAGUAUCAAAAUGCCAGGCCUUCAGAACCUUAUACAGGAGAAUUGAUAAUAACCCAGACAAGGACUCAUGAGAAAUCUACAUCGGCAACAUUUGCAUCUCCACCCCACCACGACAUCGAUGACAUUUUGGAAAAAAAUAACAAAAAUAUCAAAUCAAAUUUUAACGAUCAGAUAAAUAAUAAAUUCAAUGAUGCUCUAGAGAGUAAUUUGAAUAAAGAUAAAAAUUUUAAAAGUGAUAAUCUCCAUGAAGAUGACGUGAUUGUGCCAAAAUCUUUAUCAUCAUCAUUCAAACAACCAGUUCACGAAACUGAUGUUGAUGAUAACAAAUUUGAUAAAGUGCUAAACGAAACUAAUGGUAAUGUUAUAAAUGAUGAGGAUGGCAUCAAUGAUCUAGUGAAUAAAAAUAUCACAAAAAAUUAUGAUACCAAUUUGAAAAAAAAAAGCCUUCCUGCCAAAAAAGUGCAUUAUGACGACGACGAUGAUGAAGAUGGGAAAAUGACAUUAAAAUCGGAUUCAAGUAGAGAUGAUGAAAUAAAGAAAUUGAAGUUUCUAAUCCACAAACUAAACGUCCAACUCGAUCGAUACCAAAGAAAGUACACACCGAUGCAUUCAAAUAAAAAUUAUGGUGAAGGCGACCAUUGUGCUGGUGACUCUGUAGAUAUUAAUGAUGGUGAUGGGUUGCCUCUGAAAGGCCCAAAACCAAAAUGGCUGAUAAACACAAAACAGCUAGUGCCAUUGUUACUAGCUUAUGAUGAACAGCUGAAGGAGAAAGAUGACAUCAUCAACCGUCAUAAGGAAGAACUGAACUCAUUUAGAGCUGAUCUAGGAGAAAUCAUAACAGAGAAUGAAAGAUUGCACAUUCAGAUUGAGCAGUCUAACAAUGCCGAUGAGAAUAUUUCCAUGAAUCAACAGAAAGAAUUAAGAAAGCAGUGCUCUUUGGUCUUGGAGGAGAAUGAGCUGCUGCUGAUGCAGUUGAGUCUUCUAAAGCAGAAGGAACAAAAAAUUAUCGCUGAAGCUAAUGAAAAGAUUUUAGAUUUGAAGAGCAAGCUAUCGUCGUCAUCGAAGGCACAAGAGACAUUAUCACAUGAUAACAAACAGUUAUUGAAGAAGUUGACAGAGCUGAGUAAGAAAUAUGAUGAUGUCGUCACUACGUAUGUAUCACAUAAUGAGCAUAUUGAAACUAUCAGAAUAGUUAAAGAAAAAACAAAAUCAGUGUUGAAAUCGAUGAGACUACAUGACAGGAAACGAUUCGACAAUCAAAAUAAAUUUAAAAAUUUGCUCGUCGAUCUACUAAACACCGCCCAACUAACUGCAUUGGAGCGUGACAAGUUCAAAGUUCUGGUGAAAGAUUAUGUUGAUAAUGAGCAUGCUUUGAAGGAUGUGAUGGACAGCCAAAUUAAUUCGCUUAAAAAGGCGAAAAGUAAUUUGAAAGAGAACCUCUUGAAGAAAAAAAGAACGUUCGAUAAAGUUAGUAGGAAGAUCAAAAAUAAAAACGAACAAUUAAAAACCGAAAAUUCAAGAUAUGAGAGAGAGGUUGAGGACUUGAAAAAAUUAUUGAAUGAAAAAAAUCAUUUCAUUGAGAACACUUUAGAGCAAAAUCGAAACAUCUCGAAAGAAAUUGAAAUAAUUUCUAAUAUGGCAUGGCAAGACAACGACGACUUCAAACGAAUAAUUUCAGAAUACCAAACAGACAUCAGAACAACAGCCAACAUUGAGAUCUGA